GGCGCACGCGGGCUGACGCGGGGGCGGAACGGAACAGCUGAUCCUUACCGCGUCUUGGCUGGUCUCUUGGCGUCUGUUGCUGUCGGCCGCGUUCCACGAUAUCGUCCUCAAUUGACGAUUGCCGUCAAUUACGUUGGCGUCGACGGUGGCAACGGUGGUUAGGUUCGACGAGUUCGCGAAAAGAGACAGCGUGCAUCUCGGUCAUCUUCGAAGUCCGAAUCCUCCCCCGAGAGCUGUGCUAAGUGGUGACUUGGUGAGUGCUCGGUAGUGCUCGGCGGCCGCGCGAAUUAACCCUUUCCCGCGACUACCGAAUACUUGAGCUGAGACUACUCCCCACCGCGACAUCCUUGGACGGAGAGCUCAGUCAUCUCGCCUAGUCUGCACCUAUCAUCUGAUUUAAUUCGAGACAUUAUCACCAGGAUUAUGGCCAGUCCGGUGGUUGGCACCGGAUAUAACUUCAAAGUGGUUUUGCUCGGCGAGGGAUGUGUCGGCAAGACCUCAGUCGCCCUUCGAUAUGUCGAGGACAAGUUCAACGACAAGCAUAUCACCACGCUACAGGCGUCGUUCCUGAAUAAGAAAUUGAAUAUCAACGGGAAAAGAGUGAACUUGGCGAUAUGGGACACCGCCGGGCAAGAGAAGUUUCAUGCAUUAGGACCAAUUUAUUACAGAAUGUCCAAUGGUGCCAUUCUUGUGUACGACAUUACAGACGAGGACACCUUCCAAAAGGUAAAAAACUGGGUGAAGGAGCUUAAGAAGAUGUUAGGUAGUGAAAUUUGCUUAGUGAUAGCAGGUAAUAAAGUGGACCUGGAGAAGGACAGGAAUGUUGCCAUAGAGGAAGCUGAAGAAUAUGCCAAACAGGUGGGAGCUAUGCAUUUUCAUACAUCAGCCAAGUUAAACCAGAACAUCGAAGAGAUGUUUCUGGACUUGACCCAACGCAUGAUGCAACGCGCGGAUGAGGCUGAGCAAAAGUCCACGCUCACGAGGACUAAUAGUAUGCGUCGCAAUGUCGUGAUGGUCGAGGACGAGGCAGAACAAACUCAACCGAAUAGAAGUUCCUGCUGUGGUGGUGGUGGUGAUAGUAGUGGUGGUACCAGUGGCAGUGGCGGUGGAGGCGAUAACAGCGACUUUUUGUAGACCUUUAAAAUCAAUUUACAUUCGAAUCCAGAUACAAGGUCUAAUUUCGGUAAUUUAUUAUGUAUAGGAUGGAGCGUCUCAAAUGUGACAAAUUACUAUCUGUAAAUGAUAGUUUGUCGUAUUACAAAUGCUUCAUCUUGUAUAUAUAUAAGGACAAGUGCGUUACGUAUGUAUGAGUGUGCACAUGUAUGCCUAUAUAUAUGUAUAUUUUUAGCUGCAGUAAUUCUUGGAUAGCAAGGAUACUUAUAUACUUGUGUAUAUAUAAUCCGAGGCAGAUUCCGUAUUAUACCACUUUGUUGAAGAGAGAUGACUUGUUAAAAUUUUCGAUAGAUUUGUACGCAUUAUAUGGUUGCAGCCUUUCAUUGUUAUUUAUGAACAUCGUGGAAUAAGCUUCCUUUUUUCAGACAGAUUUGCCUCUCGAGUAUUUUCGUCGUCUCGAUGAGAUUCAUCUUUUGAAGUAAUUUUUCAUUCAAAGCAAUCGUGAAGCAAUGUAUAAUGUCACUUCUUUCCAAUGAAUCAUUAUUCCAGAUGCUACUUUUUUAUAAAUAUAUAUAUGAUUGCACAAGUGCAGUGGGUUUCUCUAUUACUUAAAUCACACGUUCGUAAUGGAGAAGAAACAGUGUCUGAAAUAUCAAUUUUGUCAUCUAGCUGUUUUGAGUUUCUCAAUCUCCGUGUAGUUGCAAAAAUUUUGUAAAAAGCAAAAUGGGUAAAUGCUUUGUCUGAAUCAUCCCGUUUUCACAAUGCCAUUUUUUGAUAUAUAAGUACUGUAAUCUUUGCAAUCCACAAAUUGCUACAAGCUGAUUAACUAAAAAUUUAACAUAAUCAUUAGACGGCGCGGUCUUGUCGCAAGACGAGGGCAUUUUCAAGGAAAAACAGAAAAAGACUUUCGACUUUUAUCCAAAAUGAUAAUUUGGGUUAUUGUACAUAUUAAUUGUGCCGAUAAUUUUAUUGUAUUGGUUUGGAUCGUAUAUUAAGUAACACGCAAUAUGUUUAUUCAUCUCAAGUUAUAUAAAUUAGCGAUACAAGAGAGUUGUUAUUUAAAUUAUUGUUACUGUAAGUUAUUUUAUGAACAUAAAAUGGUAACUCUUGUAAUAACGUUACAGAGAAACGCUUCAUUUAACAUUUAUACCUCGAUCCCAUCGUCACGAAAGUUAAGUUUUGCUUAUGAAUUAUACACAAAAGUGAAACUGAAGAUCUAUAAAUAAACACGCUUUAUUACACCUUCUAUUGACAAUAACGAGGAAUGUAAUCAUGUCACAUCAGUUCUAUAUAGGUCUGGGUUAGUCUUUUUUUUGUGAUAGAGAGCGGAUUGAGACUGCCAAGCUCAUACUUUAUCCCAGUUACCUAUAAUGGCAGGACUAUUUAAGGGGAUAUACAAACCUACGGUUUGCUACGCGAAAAAUUGCCAAGUCUCGUAUUCUUACACUUAGACGACGGACAAACUUACUAACUUUUUAUAGAUAAUACAAUACUUGGCAUUUAAUACAUGUAAAUUUUUCCCUUUUUUUCUCUUUCUCUCAUCUUUUAGUUCUCGUUAUGACAUCAAGUGAAACUAAUAACAAGAUGAUUUUUUGAGAUCAUAAUU